UGUUACUACUUUACAAAUGUUAAUGCUAUGUUCUAUGCUCCAAUUAAACAAGAUAAAUAUAACUUGCUACAUGACAAAGCCUGAAUAUAUCCCGAAACGAAAAGGUUUCUUUUAGCGAAUAUCUGUCCACAGCCACUCCAACAGAACCAGCCUAGAAGAGCAUUUAAGGACAAUUAUUUGGUGGGUUCUGGUAGUCUAGUGGCAACAUUGUCUCACUUAAAUUCUGCUUUCCCCUCAGCUGAUGCUGGUUCGACUCUCGAUGGGGUCGGCAGCUAUCUAUUUAGCCAGCUGAAACAUUUAAUUUGUUUAUAUUUUAGUUGUAAUGUUUAUUUUCUGCAAAAUAUUUAUGUCUCUAAAAGUUCUUUGAAUUUGGUCGUUCCUAAACAGCAUUUUAGUUGAAACUCUGCUCACAAAUGGACUCACACUGGCUGAAUAAACGAAUAAAUAAAACAAAAAAACACAUUAGUCAUUAUAUUGUAAACGGUAUACCAAUAAAUUGUUGUAAACAUAGUACUGGCAAGUACAGCUAGAAAAGAAGAAAAAAGUUUGCGCCACUACCGGGAGGCGAACCUGCGCAAAACUACAUCCCAAGCUGACCACACAAUCACUUUACCACUACGUCUGAUAACAAGGUAGUGGCGUUACAUGUAAUUGUGCCAUCCAGUGUGUUUUUGUAGAUGGGAUGUAUGGUUUUUCGGCGGUGUCUCAGUAGAAGUCAUUUGAGAGAUAAUUUGUCAGAAAAUUCACAGAACAUCCAGAUUUGAGAACCAAGACCAGACCCGCUUCGGAGGAGAGGACCAAAUUGAAGCUGAGAUGGGAGGAAAAUGCGUGAAUGAGGCCAAAAAUGGCUUUGGCGUGUUUCUUAUGAGGAAAUGACAAUAUAACAUGAUAAAAAGUUCCAAAAGUUAGAUUUUUUAUUAUAUGGAAGCUUUAAAAAAACUGUCCAGUUAACCUCUCAACUCCGUCCUCAAUCUUGCAUUUUAGACGAUGUUAGCUAUAACACCCUCUUUGGUUCCAGAAUGCUAUUAAGUCUGACAACGGGAAGGAAUUGGACUGACUCUGAUGGAAUGGGCGGGGCAGACUCAGGAAUGGGCGGGGCUGACUGGUGCAGCUCCACCUUCUGGUGCAGCUCCGCCUUUGUGGUCCUGCAGCGAGCGCCACUUGUUUGGCUUCAGUGUGGGCCGAGGUCAGAGGUCACGGCUCACUCAAUGUGUCGGUGUCAAAGGUCAUUUAGUUUUUAUACUGGAUCCUGUUUUUAAAGCUGUGUACCUGGAGUGUGUGUGCGUGUGUCUGAAAUCAGUUGGGUAAUCUGGGGUUUAGCUCCGCCCCCCGCUGUGGACCAAUCAGCUUACAGAUUAUUAAGUGGAUGAGCUGGAGGGUCUCCUGGCUGAAGAGGUUUUAUGAGACACAACAGCGACUCCAUCCGACCGAUGAUCUCAUCUGGAAACCGGCCCGUUCUUUAUUGAGCUCAAAAAUUAUGUGUCGUAAGUCGGACGGGCAGGUCCGGUCCAUUUCUGGUCCUAAUCUGGGUUUUUACCAAGCACCAUUUUCUUUAUAGAUGAUGUUCUGAGUUCUGCAAGGUUAAUAUCAGACAUAUUUAGGGUUUCCAUGAAGUUCCAUCCUAAAAGAAUCUCAGCGAGUUCUGAUGAGAGAGCCCCGAUCCAGGGUUCUGUCAGAACCAGAACUUUAUUUGUUACUUCAUGUUUAAAUAUCCAGCUGUAGUUAUUUUGAGCAGCUUUUGUCUGAUCAGGACUAAAUGUGAUCUUUGUGUUGUCGUUUCGUCUCAUCGCCUCUCCUUCCCGUUAAUCCUAUUAUCCAAUAAAAGAUGUCUGCUGAGGCUGAGGGGCCCGGAUUACAGUCUGGACCGGCCCGAUUAUCAUUUUUAAAAUAAAUCACCUGAUCUGUUCUCGUAGCGACUCAGCAGCAUCAGUCCGAGAAGCUAAAUCUAAACAUUUGAUGCUUCAUGGUGUAAAAUAGAAUCUAAUGUUUGUUGUUUGUUUGUAGAACAUGUGCUUUAUUGUUUUAUUAUUGAUAUUAUCAUGUUGUCUCAAUGCUGCAUUAUUAGAAUAAAAGUUAAGAGAAGGUCAUACAUACAGGUUUGUUUUAGGUUUCAGCUUUUUAUUUAUAGAUCUUCUAAAGAUGGAUCCAUGGUUGACACAAAGUUGAGCAUCAGUUUGUGUUUGUGAGUCGUUUGCUGCUGAUCUGGGUUCAGAUCAGAUCCGUCGGACCGCUGACAUUCAUCCACUCCUUCAGCUUAACAAAUAGGAUUAGAGAGCAGAGGAAGAAAUCUCCAGCAGCGCCAGAGAAGUCCAUCUGCUCACCUGAGAGCAAGACGCCGCAGCUGCCGCUCCCUCUUCUUCUACUUCUGCCAUGAGAGCCAGACGAGGGACAAGCAGGUGGAGGUAAGGAGCUGCUGUGUUUGGAGGAAGAUGUCCAGGAAGUGCGUGGCGCUGUGGGUGCUGCUGUGGGCCGUGCUGCUGACGGGGCUCCUGGGCUCAGGAACAGAUUCCGGUCAUAACUCUGUGGUGGGUUUGGACCGAGCCACCGGCUCUUUGGACUCGGAUCAGCUUUCAUUCAGAACACACUCAGUUCUGACCCGAAGGAGGAGGAACAUCCUGUUUCCCAGCGGAGUGAAGCUCUGCUCCCAGGAGACGUUGGACCAGGCUGUCCAGAGCCACCUGAAGUUCUUUCACCUUCGAGUUUGUCAGGAGACAGUGUGGGAGGCCUUCAAGAUCUUCUGGGACCGGCUGCCAGAGCUGGAUGAGUACCAGAACUGGGUGAACCACUGCAUCAAUGGCUCCGUCAGCAUCAAAGAUAUCGGCAGGUCCUUCGGCCAAUCAGAGGAGCACAAAGCCCUCAUCAGGAGUAGAGUUGCUUUGGCUGCAGCAGUGAACAGCUCAGAACCAGUACGGGCUGGAGACACGCAGAUGGAGACUCCUCCCGGGUUGGAGAUGAUGAAUCAGGAAAAGCCAUCUCCUGGGUUUGGAUUGGUGUCUUGGACCCCAUCACUCUCUGUGACUGAAGGCCACCUUCAAGAAGCAGCAACGACAACUCUCACCGGGAUUCCCAAGGAUUUAACCUCUGACUCUGCUGCUGAAGAUGCGCCUGAAGACUCUAAUGAUAUCCUGGACAAUGAAGGUGGCUUGACUUCACAAAGUCCAGCUCAGGUCACCGUUUAUUCAGAGAGUUUAAAUGUUGGAGACACUGCUAAAGAGACUGUGGAGGUGACCUCAGAGGUUGUUUACUCCGUUCCACACCAGCCCUUUAGUGGGAUGGACGAGGAAGCUAAUGAAGAUAAAACUCUACCAGAUCUGGACAAGGUCCUACCAAAUAUUCCUGAAGACUCAGAGGAGAUUAAUUUGUUAAACCCAGAAGAAGAUGAGCCGUCAUCUGAGAGUGAUGCACCAGUACACCCCACAAAAGCGGAUGUUCUUCAAAAGCCAAGCGUAACACUUCCAAAAGAAACCUUCUCAGAGGGACCUCUGAAGGAGAUCACUGAAGUUCCCCUUGAAACAACUACCAAAGGUUUUCUGAUACCGGGAGUUAAAGACUUUGAAGAUAAUUAUUUCGAUACCAUCCCUGAUGGUGCUCUUCCUGGGGAAGAUUUAGCAGAUCCUACUGAGAUUUUACAUAAAUUAAAGAACGAAACUUUGCCUCAUGCUCCUCAAGCAUCUGUUUCUCUGGAGUCUGAAGGUAACAUCCAAACGCUACAGGUAGAACAUCCUUCGGAGGCAGCUGUAGAGGUUAGCAGAGAUGAAACCAAGGUUGCCAUGGAGGCAACACCAACCAUGUUUAUGAUGGUAGAUCCAGAAGAGGAAGCUGACAUAACUGGAAAUGAGCUUCCAGAACAGGAGCUUGCAGGAGAAGUUUUGUCUCAUGUCUCCAUCCUGACAACCACAAGCGAGAUGGAACCUGAAACACUCGACAAACCUGGAGAAGACAGACCAGCAGACAUUUUUGGGGUAACUUCUGAAGCCACUCUGAUUUCACAUGAUGAUAAAGACGUAGAUGUUGCUGAAGAAAGUCCAACAGUUGGGACAAUUAUUGUCGAGGAAACCUUUAAAAAAGAUGUUUUUGUUCCAUCAAAGCCUAAAGAGGAAGAGCAGGUUGGAGAGCAACAUGGCCAAAUUUCUGUUAGUGAAGAUAAAUCAGCUGAUGAGACACUUCAGACAGAAGAUAUAUCAGUAGAACCAGAUAGAACAGCUGUUACAGUGGAGGAAUCUACAGAAGCUCCACCAAAACCUGUUAAAGGCACAGAUACACCUGAAACAUUUCCAGGGCCUGAUGAACAAGAAAAACUCAAUGUUAUUGAGGAGUCGCAACCUGAAGAACAAGCAACACCAACAGAACCUUCUGGAGGUGUUACAAAAGAAUUACAACCUUCAGAAAUAACAGCAGAAGUAUCACCAGAAGCAGAACCUGCUAGAAAACACACAGAGGAACCAACACAUGAAGUGAAAACUGAUAAACAAGCUUCAGAAAGAACUCUGUCUUCAGUUGAAUCAGCAACAGAGUCUGCAUCUAAAGAAUUACCAGAACAACCAUUAGAACCAGCAACAGAAGCUGGAGUUGCAGAAGAAAAACCAAGAACCACAGAAAGACCUCCACAAAGAUCUGAACCUACGGGGCAACUAGAAACAGAAAUAAAAGUCACAAAAGAAUCAACUCAGCAAACAGAACUCACGGAACAGACAACCAAAACUAAAUUACAAGAACCUACCAAAGGACCACUACAGGCACUAGAACCAGUACAUGUACUAGAACCCACAAAAGGACCAAUACAGGUACUAGAACCCAGAAAAGAACCAAUACAGGUACAAGAACCCACAAAAAAACCAGUAAAGGUACCAGAACCAUCACAAGAAUCAGUACAGGUACUACACCACACAAAAGGACCAGUACAGGUACUAGAACCCACAAAAGAACCAAUAAAGGCACACGAACCAUCUCAAAAACCUGUAACGGUACUAGAACUCACAAAUGAAAAACCACUGAUACCACAACCCACAAAACAACCAAUACAGGUACAAGAACCAUCUCAAGAACCAACAGAAGUACCGCAACCCACAAAAGAUCCAGUAAAGGUACCGGAGCCAUCUCAAGAAUCGGUACAUGUUCUGCAGCCCUCUGAAAAACCAAAACAAGUAGUAGAUUCUUCCAGAGAACCAGCAAGUGAAGGAUACCCCUCAGAAGAAAGUGUACAAGAGGCAGACGUUUUACAAUCAAAAACAGGAACCACUACAGAACUUCUGAUAAAAGAACUAGUCCAAAACAUUGAUUUUAUUACUGAAUCCUCACCAGAAACAGAAGCAACAACUAAACCAGCUGAAGAAACAAGACCCAUGAAAGAAACAAUACCGGAAACAGGCACUGACCCCGCAGAAUCCACAAGUAAACAAGCAGAAGAACUAGAACGCAUUCAACAACAGGCCAAAGAAACAGAGCCCACUAGAGAACCAUCGAAAGAAGAACAGCUCACAAGAGAACCAGCUAAAGAAGCAGAACCCACUACAGAACCAACUAAAGACACAGAAACCACUAAAGAAUCUAUUAGAGAUGCAGAACCCACAGGAGAACCAACUAAAGAAGCAGAACCCACUAGAGAACCAACUAAAGACACAGAACCCACUAGAGAAUCUAUUAGAGAUGCAGAACCCAAAAGAGAACCAAUUAAAGAAGCAGAACCCACUAGAGAACCAACUAAAGACACAGAACCCACUAGAGAAUCUAUUAGAGAUGCAGAACCCACAAGAGAACCAACUAAAGACACAGAACCCGCUAGAGAAUCAAUUAAAGACUCAGAACCCACAAGAGAACCAACUAAAGAAGCAGAACCUGCUAGAGAACCAACUAAAGACACAGAACCCACUAGAGAAUCUAUUAGAGAUGCAGAACCCACAAGAGAAUCAACUAAAAAAGCAGAACCCACUAGAGAAUCAAUUAAAGAUGCAGAACCCACAAGAGAACCAACUGAAGAAGCAGAACCCACAAGAGAACCAAUUAAAAAAGCAGAGCCCACUAGAGAAUCAAUUAAAGAUGCAGAACCCACAAGAGAACCAACUGAAGAAGCAGAACCCACAAGAGAACCAAUUAAAAUAGCAGAACCCACUAGAGCAUCAAUCAAAGUUGCUGAAACCACAAGAGAACCAGCUGAAGAAGCAGAACCAACUGAAGAUGCAGAACCCACUAGAGAACCAACUGAAGAAGCAGAACCCACAAGAGAACCAAUUAAAAAUGCAGAACCCACUAGAGAAUCAAUUAAAGAUGCAGAACCCACAAGAGAACCAGCUGAAGAAGCAGAACCCACUAGAGAACCAACUGAAGAUGCAGAACCCACUAGAGAACCAACUGAAGAAGCAGAACCCACAAGAGAACCAAUUAAAAAAGCAGAACCCACUAGAGAAUCAAUUAAAGAUGCAGAACCCACAAGAGAACCAACUGAAGAAGCAGAACCCACAAGAGAACCAAUUAAAAAAGCAGAACCCACUAGAGAAUCAAUUAAAGAUGCAGAACCCACAAGAGAACCAACUGAAGAAGCAGAAUCCACAAGAGAACCAACUGAAGAAGCAGAACCCACAAGAGAACCAACUGAAGAAGCAGAACCCACAAGAGAACCAAUUAAAAAAGCAGAACUCACUAGAGAAUCAAUUAAAGAUGCAGAACCCACAAGAGAACCAACUGAAGAAGCAGAAUCCACAAGAGAACCAACUGAAGAAGCAGAACCCACAAGAGAACCAUUUAAAAAAGCAGAACCCACUAGAGAAUCAAUCAAAGUUGCUGAACCCACAAGAGAACCAACUAAAGAAGCAGAACUCACUAGAGUACCAGCUAAGGAUGCAGAACCCACUAGAGAAUCAAUUAAAGGUGCAGAACCCACAAGAGAACCAACUAAAGAAGCAGAACUCACUAGAGUACCAGCUAAGGAUGCAGAACCCACUAGAGAACCAACUAAAGAUGCAGAACUCAUAACAGAACCAGCUAAAGAAGCAGAAAUCACUAGAGAACCAACUGAAGAUGCAGAAAUCACUAGAGAAACAAUUAAAUGUGCAGAACUGACUAGAGAACCAACUGAACAUGCAGAACCCACUAGAGAACCAACUAAAGAUGCAGAAAUCACUAGAGAAUCAAUUAAAGGUGCAGAACCCACCAGAGAACCAACUGAAGAUGCAGAACCCACUAGAGAACCAACUAAAGAUGCAGAAAUCACUAGAGAAUCAAUUAAAGGUGCAGAACCCACCAGAGAACCAACUGAAGAAGCAGAACCCACCAGAGAACAAGCAGAAGACAAAUCUAUAGAAGAAAUUGCAGGAGAAAAGAGGAUCACAGAGGAGCAUGCCAAAGAAUCUAAACCAGAGGUAGAACCUCAUGAGGAUGAAACUGAUGUUUAUCAAACAUCUGUAGAUAUCAAAAAAGAAAUGUCUGAAGGGGAACUACUGGAAAAUAGAGAAGACAGAACAUCUGAGACCAAAGGGAUUUUGGAGGACAAAGCAGAAACGGAAGCUGUAGACUCGAUGGAACCAGACACCCCUAUAGAAUCUGAAGAUGAGGUCACUCCGGUAGUUGCUGUUGUUCCAGAGGAUGUAGAAGAAUUAUUCCCAUUUACUGUGGUGAAUGAAACACCUGAACCAGGGACAACCAUCAGUUCUCCAGCAGGUUCUGAUGUGGACAUUUUACCAGAAACCACCAUAAAGAUCACUUCCCCUGAACUGAAAGUCACUGAAGAUAUUCCUGAACUUCGAGGUCCAAGUGAAACUAUGACUGAAGUCCAUCAAUGGUUGACUUCAGGGGAAGAAACCACCAGAGAGCUUGGUUCUGAAGAGCGUCCCACUGAAGAUUUUGUACCAAGUGAGGACCUUGUUCAGGUAGUUCUUUCUCCAGCUGAAGAUGUUGAAGUCACUUAUGAGUCUGCAGCAGACAGAACUGAAGAGUCAGACGAUGGAAUCAUCCUUGAGACAACAGAAGAAGUCACAGCGGAGAGAACAACUGUAGGAGGGCCUGGGGUGGCUAUCCAUGCUUCCACUGUAGAGGUGAUAACCAAGCAUGUCAUGGAAACCAACAACGGCAACUUCCCGGAUCCAACAGAGCUACCCUCUGAAGAAGACCUUUUACUUGGAAACAAUGGCUUGUUGGCCGAGAGGGAAAACUUGAUUGGUAACGAGAUUGACGACACGUCACUUCGCCCCCAGCGGCCUCUGAAGGACAAGGUGGUGGAGCUGAGGAUCAAACUGAAAGGUGAAACCUUUAAUGAUGCUCUGAGAGACCCGAGCAGCUUUGAGUACCAGCAACUGGCCCGACAGUUCAGACACAAGGUUGAAGAUGGCUUUAAGCGGCUGCCAGGCUUCAAAAGCAUCAACAUCAUUGAAUUCAGGCCUCAGAAGGACCUGGACCGGGGUCUGGUGGUUAAGGUGCACUACGCCAUCGUUUUGGAGGUGGAGGCAGAUGGUGGUGGCAUCUCCACCGACACCCUGGACUUCAUCACACUGCAGAACAACCUGGUGGAGAGGAGCUACCUGGGAGCUGCUGAACAGCCCACCGUCAUUUACACCAUCACAGACCUCCGUAACUACAUCACUGAGGCACUGCACAAAGACGACUUCCUGGCCAACACCAGCCUGGAGACGUUGGAACCCGAUGAGAACGUGUUGCCUCCUGUGAAACCUACAAGUAAACCAGCUGAUUCCUACAACAACAUGGAUAACAUCCUCGCUGCAGAGAAGCCUCCUGAUGCUCCAAGUCAUGAAACUGAUGUCAGCGACGUUUUCCUGAAGAAGGAGGACUUCCUGUUUGACACCUUUGACCAGUGGAAAGUGCCACAGACUGAGGCAGUGAGCGAAAACGAUGUGUUCAUGUUUGAGGAGAGCACAGUUCCUCCAUCCUCAGCAGAAUUCCUGGGAAAGACCUUAGACCUGGCACCAUUGUCAAAAGAUGGAGGAAGCUUGGAAGAAGAGGAAUUCCUCUCCAGCAACACUCCCAACUCUGGAGAUGAAACCCAGACAGUGGUCCAUUUGGUUCCUCCUGAAGAUUCCUCCAGAGUUCCUCCCACUGUGAGAACAACAUCCUCUAAGGAUAACUUUGAGGACUCAUCUGGUUCUGGGUUCUCUGGAGAUGGUCAAGGCUCUGAUAUCUGGCACACUGCAGAGUCAUCUGACAUGAUUUAUAACAGGGGUGAUGGGGGCCUGGAGGUUCCUCCACCUCCUGACCUGGAGGUGGAAGAUGAGGACAUGACUGCUGUAGAGACUUUGUCAUCAAAAGCAGAUUUAGUUUCUGACAGAGAAGAAUUCACAGGGACUGGUGUUUUACGGGAAACGACCACGUCUGCUUUCGAAGAACUAACUUUGAAGGAACAUUCAGAGGAACCUGUUCUGGAUGAUGUUCUACUGACACCACUGAUCAGCUCAGAACCACAAGACUCAACCCCAACCCAGAUACCUGUCUUCUCCACAAAGAGAACCCUCAGUGAAGAAGCUUCUGUACACGCUGAGGAAGCAUCUGGUUUUCACGAAGACUAUUCUCUGACUGAAACUCAUACGGUUCCUUCAUCGGUCACAGACUCUCCUCAACCUGAAUCUGACACUCAGAAGGUUCCUGGUCCAACUAGUUCAACUAUUAGCCUUCAGGAGACCACCGAGAAGGCUGAAGUGCUUGCUGAAACUGUGGCAGAGAUAUCAGAAACCACACCCCCUUCAAAAUCUUCAGAAGCCCUUCCAGAGGAGAUACAGAUAGAGGAUUUACCUCCUCCUGUCCCAGUCCACUCAUUUACAGUUAGUGACAUUAGCUCUGAAUCUGUCACUGAUGAGGUCUUCUCGGAUAAGCCUGAACAUCCACUUAUCGAGACAAGAAUCCAUGAAGAGGUUCAGAUCUUAGAGGAACAGCAUUUAGAGUCUGGUACAUCUGCAGGACCUACCAAAGCCCCAGACCAAGACCUUGUCGUAGACGAGGUUUUUAUUUUCACAACAACAAAAAGUCCUGUUCCUAUUCCAGACCACAGCAGCAGCCUCGUGCUCUCACCUGAAAAGGACUCGCCGUUCACUCGAGUGUCUGACUCUGUGCCAGAAGAUGAUCUGUUUCACCAAGUAGAUCAAAACCACCAAGAAGGGACUGAAGUUCCUGUAAGCCCUCAGUCCUUAGAUAGCUCUCAAUCUACAUCAGUGGGCAAAAUGGAAAGUGCCCUACAUGAUCUCCAGGGAUCACCAGACUCUUCAUUACCUGACCAAGAUUUGGGUCCAACCACAGCGGAAGUUUCAGGAGGGACAAAAGAACAGUUGGGCGUGGAACUACAACCUGCAACAACAAAAGCAAGCUCUGUGGAAGGCAAAGCAGAACCUUCAGAGGUCAAAGUACAAACUUCAGGGGUCAUAAAGGAACCCUCACAAGCUAUAGGAGAACCUUCAGAUGUAGAUACUUCUGGACAAGAAGGCAAAUUCAAACCUUCUGAAAUGGAAAGCAAAGAAUUUUCUCAAGAAGAUGCAGAACAUUUGACUAAAGAAGAACAGCUUUUAGAAGCAGACCUUUCAGGAGAAGUUAAACCUUCAGUAGUAAAAGCUGAACCUUCAAAGGGAGAAGUGGAACCAACAGGAAGUAAAGUGGAGCCUUCUGAAAGUGACCCAGGGUCAUUAGAGAAACCUGUAGGACAGGAAGAAGAACUUUUCAGAACGAAAACAGAACCUUCUGGAGAAAUAGAACUUUCACAAGGGGCAGUAGAUGGCAUUAUCCUUCAAACACCAGCUUCCUCUCUCAAGAAGGUGAAUGGCAGCACUCCUGUGAUUGACCUCCAACCUGUUGAACAGGAUAUCCUGGACGUUCCAAGAAUUGGUGUCAGCAUUGAUCUAUUCCAGUAUGGUACUGGGGCGAGCGAAGGUGAGAGUAGUGGUUUCUCCAGUGAGAAUCAGGGAUCCGACCUUCAGGCCUUUGCUUUACCGACCAGGCCAGGCAGAGAUCUGACAGUUUUCUUCAGCUUGAGGGUGACCAACAUGGUGUUCUCCAUGGACCUCUUUAACAAGAGCUCCUCAGAAUAUAAAGCUCUUGAACAACGGUUUGUGGAACUGCUUGUCCCAUACCUACAGUCCAACUUGAGCAACUUCCAGAACCUGGAGAUCCUCAACUUCAGGAAUGGCAGCAUUGUUGUGAACAGCCGAAUGCGGUUUGGUAAACCAGUCCCUAAAGAGGUCACCAACAUCAUCUACCUGAUCCUGGAGGACUUUGCCAACAAUGCCUACCAGACAAUGAACCUGGCCAUUGACAAGCACUCCCUUGAUGUUGAAUCAGGUGAUCGAGCAGACCCCUGUAAGUUCCAAGCGUGUAAUGAGUUUUCCAAGUGCAAGGUGAACCAGUGGUCAGGUGAAGCAGAGUGUGUCUGUGACCCUGGCUACCUGAGUGUUGACGACUUACCAUGUCAGAGCAUCUGUGAGGUCCAGCAUGACUUCUGCCUCAACGAUGGCAAAUGUGACAUAAUUCCUGAGAAGGGCGCCAUCUGCAGGUGUCGGGUAGGAGAGAACUGGUGGUAUCGUGGGGAGCACUGUGAAGAGUACGUCUCUGAGCCAUUGGUGGUGGGCAUCGCCAUCGCCUCGGUGGCUGGUUUCCUCCUGGUGGCUGGUGGGAUCAUCAUCUUCCUUGCUAGAACGCUCAGAGAGCAGUAUGAUGAUGAGGACUCCGAGAAUCCUCUUCGACAGGGGGAUGGUGCUCCAACUUUGAAAAGUGCUACCAAGUUUAACCAGAUGUAUGAGAAUGACCCAGUCACUGCCCAGUACUACCAUCGCUACGAUGAUACCCCACCUCAGUACCAUUACUGCUGUGACUCCACCCUCCCCCAGGAUAGCUCCAGUGACUUAAACAGUGAAGAAAUUCAGAAGAUCCUUCAAAACACAACGCUGACUAGAGAGGAGAUCCAGGAGCGUCUCAGAAUCAUUGAGUUGUGUUCCAGAGAUCAGCGCUUUGCAGACUUCAUGCGCCAGACUCAAGUAUUCCUGGAGAGGAGAGGGAGCUCCACUACAUAACGGCUCAGCAGUCGGACCUCCAGACUUUACCAGGAGAAAUGAGGAGGACUUUACCCUCUGGAUGGACUGGAGGUGACUAGAUGCUGACAGAUGUUGGAGUUUUUUAUUCUUUCUGUUUCCUCCUGGGAUGGAAGUGAACUUUGACUUCUCUUUACUUGAUUUUUACUUUUUUUUUGUUUUGUUUGUUUUUUGUUUUUUGUAUUUUGGAUGAACACUUGACUUGCUCAUUUCAAACCGCUGAUCACCUUCAUUGCUGAUGACGUGUUUUACACUUCCUGUUGGAUAAUCUGCUUACACUUGACCGGCCGGUGUCCCCUGCUGCUGAGGAAACCAUUCUGGUGUUUUCUUGUGUUUCUGGAGCGGUGACCUGCAGCGUCUCUCCCUGUCGGUGCCUUCACUGCUCUGUUAGCUCUUCUGGAGUGUGAUGGGAAGAACCUCAGAGUCUCUGAUGUAAAUCUGCUCUCCUGUAAAUUCACUCAUUAACACCUGAGCUCCGUUCUGCUUUGCUGUCUCGAAUGUUUACAUUUCUGUGUGAGUGGUAGAUUCGGACCUUUCUGAGUUGUCUAGCUCGUCUUGUGUUUGUGUUUUCAGAACUAACUUCAACAAUAAAAAAUAUUGUUUUGUUCCUGCAGAGUUUGGAUCCUACCCAUGAUGUGGGUUGUGCAUGAGACCUACAAGGAUGUUUUAUUCCUGGUAUCUUGGUAACAUUAGUUACCUCGGCGAUCUCGGUUAGACCCGGUCUAGUUCUGCUUCAAUAUAUCUUUUCUUAAUUUCUUUUUACUUGAAAUUUCUCUUUGUGCAGGUUAAUGAUUGUCUGGUUGUUGUUUUGCUUUUUAACCGGAAAGCCCUGACGGCCCUGACAUUUAUUAGUCAUCCAGUAUGGCGCGGUAUGGGGGCCAAAAUUAAGACUACUGCCCAGCAGCAGGAGGCUGCAUAAAUUCUGAAGCAAACUACCGACCUGAUUAAUGAUGAGCUGGCGCCGGUAACUGAGAGGCUGGCGCUGCUUACUGAGAAAUAGCACCUUUACCGGCGUUAUUACUAGAGACGCUAGGGACUAGCAGCCCUCGGCUGGUCAUUGACUGGUUCACACACUCCUUCUGCUGUCUAUUAGCAUGGAUAGGCUAGCGUUAGCCUGGACGGGCUUUGCAUUGGAGCAUUGGAGAGGCUAGCCAUUAGCGUGCCUAGGCUGGCCACUAGCUGGAUUUCCUACCCCCUUGACGGACCAUUAGCAUGGAUAGGCUGGCGUUAGCAUCGGAGAGGCUAGCCAUUAGCGUGCCUAGGCUGGCCACUAGCUGACUAGUGACUCUCCGAGACAUGCUGAUGGCUAGCCUCUCCGAUGCUAACGCCAGCCUAUCCAUGACUAAGAUCCGUCAAGGGGGUAGGAAAUCCAGCUAGUGGCAUGCCUAGGCACGCUAAUGGCUAGCCUCUCCAAUGCUAACGCCAGCCUAUUCAUGCUAAUAGUCUGUCGAGGAGGUAGGAAAUCCAGCUAGUGGCCAUCCUAGGCACGCUAAUGGCUAGCCUCUCCAAUGCUAACACCAGCCCGUCCAGGCUAACACUAGCCUAUC